AUGCCCCGCAAACGACGGAGGAUACGCAGACAGAGUGCCAUGGAUUCAGACCCCUCCAAGCUCACCUGGCCGCCAGCCAUGGUCCCAGUUGAGAUCUUCGACGAAAUCACCACCUACCUCGCCCGAUCGGAUGUUAAGACCCUCCGUUUGGUUAACCGCGAGUUCGAUAAAAUGGUCUCUUCAAAAUACUUCCGCAACGUUGUGGUUCCUUUCCGAUCGGAGAUGUACAAGGCGAGGAAGCAGAAGAUACCUUGCCUGGAGGAAGAAGACGACGGAGUGCAGCGUCAGCUCGGAAAGGAUACUCUCUUCUCCAGCGGCAUGCGCAUUUUCCAGUCGUUCGGCGAGCACAUUCUACGAUUUGCCUUGUCACUCGAGCUGGACGAGGAGAGCCUCGCCUACCCGCCCAUCAAGCCGACACAGAAAGCUGUCACCUCGUACUGGGGUAUCUACCGGUGGCCUCACGAGUCGUACCUUAGAUAUACGGAACUUGAGGGGCUUGAGCAGACCGCCGAUGAGACGGCGUCUAUGAAAGAGGCCUUGAGAUGUCUGGUUAAGGUUCAAGAGCUUGGCUUGUGUUGCGAUGCUGGGCUGGGCUACCUUUUGGGACCCGACCAACAGUUGGAGAGCCCCCCGCUGCCGCACCCGGUCUUUGGCCUGCGCAACUUGCGAUAUCGAACGCUGCAGCGACGCCUUGCCCGGGCCGAUUCGGACACAAUGAAUGCCCGGAAGCUUGCCUUUGAGAGUCCUCGGGAGUUCAAGUAUACUGUACUGGAGUCCAUGGUGAGGAACGCUGGGUAUACGCAGGAACAGGCAAAGGACGCCAUAGCCAUGCUUCUAAGCACUGAGAACGUGUCGCUCAUGAACAUCGACUUUGACGAACGUACUGCUGCUGCCGCCGCUGCCGCCUCCCACGCCGCCUCCAUAGCCGCCGCUAACGCUAACCUCAUUGCCAAUGCCAACAAUAACAACGAUACUGUCUUUGCCAAUGUCAUUACCGACGAUCAAGAGGAUAACCUUGCUCAGGCGAGAGCGGCGGUCGCCGUGCUACAUGAGAUAACGGCGGGCCAUGCACUACAGCCCAGGAAUCUGACUCGAGCUCAGAAAGAGAUGCUACUAGAGCUAGAAUGGGCUCACCGAGCUCUCAUCCAGUCAUAUGUGCUCGCCCUCAUCGAUAACGCUCGGAUGAAUAGCUUCAGCUCUCUGACGACCCUGACGAUCGCCAAGAUUCCCAGCAGCCACGUCUACAUGUUGCAGAGGGCGGAUUUCUGGCAGAGUCUGCCUAACCUUACUAACGUUGCUCUGGCUGUUGUAGCCGACUGGCGUCAGGUAUCCAAGGUCGCUCCUGGUUGCGUGGAGGACAACCCCGUCUCGCCCGUGGACGCGGUGGCUAGGGUCCACCGCUUGCUGCGAGACCAUAUUGCGACACAACCCAACAUCAAAUUCCUCCACUUCGAGUGGGUGUGUGGCGGCGAGUUCGCACCUGGCAUCACCCAGCGGAACCAAUAUGUGCUUCCCGCCCCUUUCUGCUUGCCAGCGCAGAUGGUACAGCCCGGAGUUGCCAAGUUGCCAGACGCCGUGCUCGCUCUGCCGCAUGUCAAGCACCUCUCGCUCAAGAAUUGCUACUCGGCGCCUCACAUCUUUCUGCAGGUUCUGCGGACGAUGGCAAUGCAAUCUCUAGACAAGUUGGAACUCGAAAGCAUCUCUCUCACAGGCGCGCCCACGAGAAACCCCAAUGUUGAGAACGCGUUUGGACCUGCACUUAUCGUUGGGCCGGUACAUGGACCGGGCCUAGUGCUGCCGUUUGCACAAGGCCAACCCCAAGCUUUGCAACAGAUUGCACAUUUGCACGCGCACCAGAACCAACCACCGCCGCUGCCGCCCGCUCCUCUCCAAACUCAAGCCAACCCGGGUUUCGGGUUUAUACCUGCGCUUGCGGCAGGGGCUGCGGUCGCUCCGCCCCCACCGCCUGCGCCUGGCAACAUGCCGAUAAACAUGGCUGUCAACCACAUGGCUGGCAUGAUGCAGCAAGGUCUUCCGCAAAUCGCCAAUGUGGCGAAUCACGCAGUACCCCCUCCACCUCCACCCGAUCCGUUCUCUGGUUGGGGUAGGAUGCGACUAAGGCAGCCACGACUGCUGUCCUGGGCUGGCAUCGUUGAACGUCUCGCACCGGCCCCGGCGAUUCGAGAGAUCCUGGCUGGCCAAGGUGAUGAAGAUGACGAGGACGAUUGGGUUGACGAAUUUGUGCGCAAGGAUGAGGGGUUCUCACUGAUGCCGCGACCGCACAGUCUCGUUAGGGAGAAGACCUCGUUCGGCAUCGAGCACAUGUCGCUCAAGUCGUGCGGCUACGCGGUUUUGGACGUCGCCACGAUUGACAAUCAUAGUAUCUUGCCAGUCAACUCACCCUGGCAAGAACCUUCGGAAGUGACUUCGCGUCGGAGGGAGCUCGCGCCCUUCAUGCAGACUUGCAACGACAGACUGACGGCCAAGAUUACCAAUUACUUGAGCAAUCAGGAGCACUUCAACCUCACGACUGCGUUUGGCAUGGACACGGAGUGGACUGGUGUGUAUGAUGAGGAGGUCAUUGAGGCUGCAAAGAGGGAUGGUAUCGUACAUCCUGGAAAAGGACGCUUCACUGGAAUGAUUACCAAGGCGGCAAAGCAGGUUUGA